AUGGCCUCCGGUCAAAAGAUUAAUAAGGAGAAAUCUUCAAUCUUUUUUAGUAAAAAUACUAAGCAAGAGGUUAGGGAUGCUCUUCUACAAGAGGUGAAUGUUGCAGCUGUUAAUCAAUUUGAAAAGUAUUUAGGGCUUCCGGCUUUAAUAGGGCGCUCUAGGAAAUCUUCCUUCAGUUUCAUUAAGGGUAGAAUUUGGACAAAGCUAAAUGGUUGGAAGGAGAAAUUCCUUACUCAUGCAGGGAAGGAAGUCCUCUUGAAAAGUGUGAUCCAAGCUAUCCCCAAUUACACCAUGAGUGUUUUCCGACUUCCAAAAACUUUGAUCAAAGAAAUAAAUUCUAUGAUGAGGAAAUUUUGGUAG